GCCGUGAGCCACACAGAGCCUGCUGCAGCAUUCAGCUAUGAGUCGCUAUCGCGCCCAAAUCAUCGGCGCUGCUGUGCUGGUGAUUCUGGCAAUAAUUGGGAUUUUGCUGGUGGUCCUUCCAGCAAAAGAGGUGACGAUGCCUGCAGAUAACAUGUAUGGGAUUGUACUGGAUGCCGGCUCCUCCCACACCUCCAUGUUCAUCUACAAAUGGCCAGCUGACAAGCAAAAUGGCACUGGUAUUGUUACCCAGCACAGUGAAUGUCAUGCAAAAGGUGGCGGGAUAUCCAGCUAUGCCGGGAAACCAGGUGAUGCUGCCAAGAGUUUGGAGGAGUGUAUGAAUCACGCCCUGAAGAAAAUUCCCAAAUCUAGACAACAGCAGACUCCCCUGUGCCUGGGUGCCACAGCAGGGAUGAGGCUCCUCAAAGAAAUCAAUCCGGCAGAGUCUGAGCAGGUCCUGAAAGAAGUCAGAAACAAACUGAUCUCCUACCCAUUCCAGUUUAAGGAGGCCAAAAUUCUGAGUGGGCAAGAAGAGGGCGCCUUUGGCUGGGUCACCGUCAACUACUUACUUGAAAACUUCAUUAAGUAUGGUUUUGUAGGACAUUGGCUGAAUCCAGGAAGAAACACAAUUGGAGCUUUGGAUUUAGGUGGAGCUUCCACUCAGAUUACAUUCGAGACCUCGCAAUACUUGGAGAACCUAGAGAGUCAGAUGAAGCUGACCCUUUAUGGAAAUACCUACACUUUGUACACACACAGCUUCCUGUGCUAUGGUCAAGACCAGUUCCUCAAGAGACUCCUGGCUCAUCUUAUCCAGACUCAAGGUGUGUCAAAUCAAGUAAUCAACCCCUGCUACCCACCAAAGUUUAAUAUUUCUAUAAAUCUUGGGAAAGAUGUCUUUGAUUCUGUUUGCACAAAGAAAUACAAACCAGCCAAUUUGGAUGCUAAGAGGAAUGUAACAGUGGUGGGCUCAGGAAAUUAUCAGCAGUGUGUCAACAACGUAACGGAGAUCUUCACUUUUAGCAACUGUUCCUACUCGAUGUGUUCCUUCGACGGAGUGUUUCAGCCCAGAGUGACGGGAAGCUUCAUGGCUUUCUCAGCUUUCUACCACACACAGAAAUACAUCAAAGAUAUCACCAACAUAGCCCUCACAUCUCCCAGUCAUGCAGUGGAAGCAGCCAAGCUCAUCUGCAAUAUGACCAUCACUGAGCUUCUUCACAAGGCAAAUUUGACAGAGAAAUACAUGAAAUACAUGAAGAAUCUCUGCUCCAUGUCUAAUUUUGUCCAAGUCCUCUUAACCAAUGGGUACCAUUUUGAUGAAGCUUCAUUUCCUCACGUUUCUUUUGAGAAAGAUGCAGCAGGAGCUUCAGUAGGAUGGGCUUUGGGAUACAUGCUCGAAGUGAGCAAUAAAGUGCCUGCAGAGAGUCUUAGCGUGAUGAAGGCCCUCCCCUCAGGGCCUUGGACAGGCGUCAUCAUCAUCUUUACUGCAUUUGUUUUAUUUGCACUAGUAUAUUGCUUGAUGAUCUACAGAAAUGCAAAUGACUAGAAGAGACAGUAUUCCAUAUGAAAAAUUAGAAGCAUGAGAAGCAAUAUUAAAAGCCAAGGGAAUUCUACAUUUUUAUUUUGGUUGAUAUUUGCAAAAUUCAACUGAUCCAUGUUAAUGAUCUAAUAUUACAAUUAUAUUAGAUAUACUUCACAAAUUGUAUGUGCUGCUAUGGAAACGUAUUUGCUCCAUACAGCUAUGUGUGCUGAGGCACUCCAAAACCUUUUCUAUUGUUUUUGUUGUUUUAGUUCCAUUAUUUACAGUAAGUGAUUCAUGUUCAGAUAUGAUGUUAUUUUUCUGAAAUACUAUUAACUUUACUCUAGAGAUAACACAUCCUACAGAGUUCCACUCUAGUCUCUUAAGUUUACUGAAUAAUUCCCUAGAAGUUGUGCCGGUCAUGUUAUUUUAGAAUUAUGAGACAGGUAUUUGUGUGUUUUGUGUGU